AUGGCCAAAGGGAGACGCUUCAACCCCCCUUUAGACAAGGAUGGAAGAUGGUUCCCUCACAUCGGACUCACACAAAAGACACCAGAAUCCAUCACAAAGGCUAUGUUAAAAGAGCCCCACAGUCCACGUUUGUCUCGGCAAGUGGAAGGGAAGCUACCACCAAUCUACAAAGUCCGAGAGCAGCAAGCAGUAAACAACAACUUCCCCUUCUCCGUUCACGACAAUCGGCACAGCUUUCAGGACUCUGGAUAUUACCUUGACUCCGGCCUGGGACGUAGGAAGAUCUCCCCAGAAAAAAGGCAACACGUUUCAAGAAAUUUCAAUCUUUGGGCGUGUGACUAUGUUCCAUCUUGUCUUGACGGCUUUUCAAAUAACCAAAUAUCAUACGUCUAUCAGGAAGCCAUGGUGGUCCCAAUUUUCAGACGCUUUCCAAGACAUUAUAAUGAGAUAUGGAGUGCUUUUAGAUUUAUUCCUGAGCGAAGCUAUACGGAGUUUUUGAAAAAGAAUCCAAAAAUAAGGUUUGCAAUUGACAAAAAAGCCGGUUCUCCACUGGAUCCAUAA